CAGCAACGUUGUUUUUCUUGUAUGAGUUGAAUAGUCAUCAACACCAAAUAGUUGAGCAGUUAUGGUCUCAUGGAUCCCUACCACCACUUUCGUGUUGUUCAUGUCUUUAGUAUCAUAUUCAAGUACGAGAGCUCAAACACAACCACCCAAGAAUAUAGAACCUGGUUCCACACUGAUCGCAAAUGAUCCUCACCACACUCUCUGGUAUUCUCCUUCGGGUCAGUUUGCAUUUGGCUUUUCUCCACAACAGCAAAGCAAUGGUUUUAUCAUUGCAAUUUGGUUGGCUGCAAUUGGGAGCAAGACAGUGGUAUGGACUGCAAAUCGGAAUGAUCCUCCUGUCAGUUCAAAUGCAAAGCUACAACUAACCAAGGAUGGUAAACUUGUGCUAACAAAUGAACAAGGACAAGAGAAGGUUAUUGCACCUAAUGGUAGUGCAAAAGCUUCCUUUGCCUCCAUGCUUGAUUCUGGAAACUUUGUACUGUACAAUAAUGAUUCUAAGUCCAGCAUCAUAUGGCAAAGUUUCGAUUACCCAACUGAUACUUUGUUAGGGGGUCAAUCUCUUUCUAAUGGACAUGAACUGGUCUCUAGUUCAUCCCAUGAUAGCUACUCAUUUGGACGGUUUCGUCUCAAGAUGCAAGAUGAUGGAAAUCUUGUUCUAUAUCCAGUAAACUCAACUGACACGGGAGUAGAUGCUUAUUGGGCCUCUAAUGUUUUCAAUAUUGGUUUCAAAAGUCAUCUUUAUCUCAACAAAACAGGUUUACUUCAGAUUAUGAACAGCAGUGAUUCGACUGUUAUAAUGAGUCUUGACACUGAUUCAUCUUUGACUAACCCCAUAAAAAAUGGGGACGAGAACCAGAUAAUUUAUCGGGCAACUUUGGAUGUUGAUGGGGUUUUUCGGCUGUAUGCUCAUUCCAACAAUGGCUUCCAUAUUGUUAAAAGUUGGCCGGGUGGCGAUGCAUGUUCACUGAAGGGUAUUUGUGGCUUCAACAGCUACUGCACAUUCGAUGAAGUUCAAUCCGUGUGUAAUUGCCUUCCAGGUUUUGACUUAAUAGAUCCAGCUGAAGACACCAAAGGUUGCAAGAGGAACUUUUCAAAAAUCAGGUGUGCAAGUGAGAAAGAUAGUUUAGCUUAUUACAACAUGAUCUCGAUAAGGAAUGUUACGUGGGAGAAUCAUCCUUAUUUCGUGGCUAAAAUGUCACAGGAACAAGAAUGUUCCUUAGCUUGUUUAGCUGAUUGCAACUGUUGGGCUGCAAUUUAUCAGCAAGGAAGCUGCGAGAAACAAGGGUUGCCUUUGAGGUAUAUUAGAAUGACAAGGGACAAUGAACCGGGAACCGUGGUGUUCUUGAAGGUUGGAAACAAAAGCCUGAAGGGAAAUGGUAAUUCUGUGCCUGAACCACCACCUCCACCUCUAAUCAAGACUACAAGUAACAAAGCAACAAUAGAGAUCAUUGUCAUCACAUCCCUAUUUAGUAUGCUUUUAUGUUUAGCCAUUGCAAUCUCUUGUCAUUACAUGUAUAAGAUUCGAGUCUUAAGGUACCAAAGGUUGAUGGAGACUGGGAACUUGGGCCUUAACGAAGAGGUGACUUUGAGAAGGUUUUCAUACAAUGAGCUGAAAAGAGCAACCAAUAAUUUCAAACAAGAGUUGGGUAAAGGUUCUUUUGGAGCAGUUUACAAAGGGUCUUUGUACAAAGGCAAGAGAUUGAUUGCGGUGAAGAGGCUAGAGAAGUUAGUAGAAGAAGGUGAGAGGGAGUUUCAAGCAGAAAUGAGAGCCAUUGGAAAAACCCACCACAAGAACCUAGUUCACUUGCUAGGUUAUUGUGUCGAAGGUUCAAGAAGGCUUCUGGUUUAUGAAUACAUGACCAACGAUUCUCUUGGAAAACUAAUCUUUGGGGUUGAAAGACAUUUAGAUUUGGACGAAAGAGUAAGAAUAGCAUUGGAGAUUGCAAGAGGGCUCCUCUAUCUCCAUGAAGAGUGUGAGGCACCAAUCAUUCAUUGUGACAUAAAGCCUCAAAACAUUUUGAUGGAUGAGUUCUGGACUGCUAAGAUAUCUGACUUUGGGCUAGGAAAACUUCUAAUGCCAGAUCAAACUAGAACAUUCACAGGGGUAAGAGGGACCAGAGGGUACUUGGCCCCAGAAUGGCACAAGAACACCCCAAUAUCAGUGAAGGCUGAUGUUUAUAGCUAUGGAAUUGUGCUGCUGGAAAUUUUAUGCUGCAGAAGAAACAUUGAAGUUAAUGUCUCGAAAACUGAGGAGGUUUUGCUUUACGAUUGGGCAUACAAGUGUUUUGUUGCUGGACAGUUAAACAAGCUUGUUCUUUGGGAAGCCAUGGAUAAGAAAAUCCUAGAAAAUAUGGUUAAGGUGGCACUUUGGUGUAUCCAAGAUGAACCUGUUCUGCGUCCAACUAUGAAAAGUGUAGUUUUGAUGUUAGAAGGGAUUAGCGAUGUAGCAAUUCCGCCUUACCCAAAUUCCAAUUAUAUGUGACUUUUAUCAGUGAAGAAAACGUUGUGUUCGUGUUU